UGUCUCCUGAGCUGUGUGAGAGCAGCCAAAAGUCCACGUUUGGCUCUCUGUGUUAGCCGCAAUGGCCUCCUACACCGCUUACAGUGGCUACAGCAAGCCGCCUCAAUCUUACGUGGGCUCCUACUACGAUGAGAAGCAGCCUCAGAACUACGAAGAGUACAACGACUCCGUAUAUGAGGAAAAAAAGAGACUUGAGAAGAAGAAGCGCCGGGAUGCCAUCUGUUGUGAGGUAGUGGCCCUUAUUAUCGGCUUCAUUGGACUAAUCGGAGUGGCGGCCGUGACGGGCCUGCCGAUGUGGAAGGUAACAGCCUUCAUUGAGGAGAAUAUCAUUGUCAUGGAGACCCGCUGGGAGGGUUUGUGGAUGAACUGCUACAGACAAGCCAACAUCAGGAUGCAGUGCAAGGUGUACGACUCCCUGCUGUUUCUGCCUCCGGACCUCCAGGCUGCCAGGGGUCUGAUGUGCAGCUCUGUGGCUCUGACCACCUUUGCCCUCAUCGUGGCAGCGGUGGGGAUGAAGUGUACCAGAGUGGUGGACCAUCGGGCCCGCACCAAGCAUAUUGUUCUCGUGGCUGGAGGCUGUCUGUUCCUGAUGGGCUGUAUCACAACCCUAAUCCCCGUGUCCUGGACUGGCCACGUUAUCAUCAGGGAUUUCUACAACCCUCUGCUGAUUGAUGCCCAGCGCAGGGAGCUCGGGGAGGCUCUUUACAUUGGCUGGGUGACCUCAGCUUUGCUUUUCACUGCCGGAGUGAUCCUGCUGUGCCGUCACGCUCCCCGCACCCAGGACCCCGAGGAGAGGAUUGUAUACAACCCCGCGGGAAAUAUCUACCAACCUGCGUACACAUACCAGCCAUACACGUACCAGCCAGCCUACACCUACCAGCCUCCCUACUCCGCACCCCCACCAGGAUCAGUGGCGUAUACACCAACUCAGUACUAGACCAUUCUGGACUUGUUUCAUGAACUUGCCAUUAUUUUGAACAUUUAAAUGAGAGGAAUCAACUGACUGAUAAGACCAACGGCAGUCACUGGAAAUGGCCACAUUUCCUUACUUCCUCAAAGGGGAUGAAGUGUAUUGCAGAGAUUAAAAUUCAUUAUGGACCUGAUUGUGUUUUGACCUUGAUGGACUGUGCUGAAUAACUGUAUGCUUUGUUUGUUUCCAUAUGCUUAAUUUACACUAAAGUAUACUCAGAGUAUACAUAAUCUUUAAUAAUACAAGUUACUUGUUAAGAAUACUGCCUCUGCUGACAUGCUCUUUGAGAAUAAAUUAUGCACUAGGCCUUUUUCAGAUAAUUGACCUCCACCUGGUGUGUGUUCAUGUGUGUUUUGAGUUUUUCGUAAAUGUACAUACUUUUCAAAAUGCUGGCCUAAAUGUGAGGUCAAUUGCAGUUUUCAAUAAAGGAAUACAACUG